AUGGCUUCGUCUGGGCCGAGGUACGUGCGGGUGAAGCGGCAGAAGACGACGUACUUCCUGGACGUGGAGCCGUCGCUGACGGUGCUCGAGGUGAAGCAGAAGCUGCAGGAGCACUGCGAGCAGGCCCCAGAGUGCCAGCAGCUCAUGAAGAAGAGGAACAUUGGAUGGGUAGCCCUGGAGGAUGCCAAGAGGCUUGAAGAAUUAGACAUCGAGGAUGAGAGUGUCAUUGCUCUGUGCUAUGUGCAGGAAGAUGGAAACUUCGAGGACGUGGACAUCACUCCCUACAACCGAGAUGUGGAGAGCAACAAUGCUGCCUGA